AUGGAUGUUAUCGGACCAAUAGAGCCAUUGGCAUCGAAUGGACAUAGAUUUAUUUUAGUCGCCAUCGAUUAUUUCACUAAGUGUGUUGAAGCAACUUCAUACAGAGCCGUCACUAAGAAAGUGGUUGUAGAUUUUGUCAGGAAUAACUUGAUUUGUCGAUUUGGAGUGCCAGAAUCAAUUAUUACUGAUAAUGGGGCAAACCUGAACAGUUACUUGAUGAAAGAAAUUUGUGAUCAGUUCAAGAUUGUGCAUCACAACUCGACAGCGUACCGUCCCCAAAUGAAUGGAGCCAUAGAAGCUGCUAACAGGAAUAUUAAGAAGAUCUUAAGAAAGAUGGUCAAAAAUGAUAGAUCAUGGCAUGAGAUGUUACCUUACGCCUUGCUAGGGUAUCGAACAACAGUUCAAACCUCUACAGGAGCAACUCCCUAUUUACUAGUUUACGAGAAUGAAGCU